UGUGGGCAAGUAAGAGGGGCAUUGCAUUUUUGAGAUUUUAAGAUUCCGUUUGUGAUGGGCUAAGAUUUUUCCUGUUCUCACUUCUCAUCUAACAUUUCUGCUUCAAUGUUCGAGAUCCAACAAAAGAAGUAUGAUCUGGUGGGUUCCCCAAUCACUAAAGUGGCUUCUGGUGGAAAGCACAACAAAACCUGACUUUCAGAAGGAGUAACAUGGGAUUUCUUUUGCGGAGAAACAGUGAAUGCGUAGGUCCAAUGGUUCUAAUACUUGGAAUGGAUACUGCAUACUUGAUCAUUCCACAAACUACCACCAAUCUCACGAGCAAUGGUUGUGGUAUUAUCAAAAGAACUUAGAUAUGAAAUGUGACGUUAUAUUUGUGAGCCCCAGACAAGUAUAAUCAAAUUAUAGUAUUCACUGUUCUAUUUCAUACUAGCAGAGAUCAAAUCGCUCAAUAGUGACCCUGCAGCCAAGAAAAGUUUACUUUCAGUUGAUUGCGCAGGUCCAAUGUUUCUAAUAUUUGAAAUGGAUACUGCAUACUUGAUCAUUCCGCAAACUACCAAUUUCAGUUAUUGCUCCUUUUGGGUUGAUGGAUGAAGAAGAUUGCCACAUCUUUUGCUUGCCAGGGGUUUGCAGAUUUGUUCCUUGGGAUGUGUGGUAACUGCCACCAUCACAUCCUAAUGAGCUGCAUCAUCGACAACCAUUAAGCUCAGAAGCAGUCAGAUAAGGAGUAGAAGCACGUGUUCCAGUUUCCGUAAGGAAGGCUGGGUGUACAAAAUGCUGAAUCUGCUGGAAAUCUUUGUUAUAAAAUGAACCCUGCUAAAGCGUUUGACAAAGUGUUGGCAUGGGAUAAGCUUAUGGGUAGACCGGAUUGAAACAGUUGUAUGAUAUUAUUAUGCUGACUCAAACACAGUGUGGUGUUGUUGGGAAAGCAAACAAUUAAUGGAUGAUGGCUGGAUCAAAUUUGAAACCCCGCUAUGCCCAUUCCUUGGGCUCACGAUAUCUUGUGGUGCUUUUUUGAAAUUAAUUUGAAAUGUCGUGGUCAUAAUCUCCAUCUAAAACUGAGCUUGUUUCAAGGCUAAAGCCUCCGUAUAACCCUAAUUCCAGCACCUUCAACGUGAAUCACCCUUCAGCUGGCCAGUUGCUUUCUCGAUCUUGCUCCUCCAGAUCUCACUCGUUUGUAAGCCUGUAGCCCACUACUGCUUUAGCCCGCUUCAGGCCUAAUCCCGUCCAAGUAGAGAGCUGAGAAACUUGGGAAGUGAACAACCGCAGCUACUUUCCUGGUGGUUUGAGAUGGAAUGUCGACGUAGAAUUAACAAUGAGACAUUCAGUUACAGAAACACCACUAACUAUCUGUCGCAGGCAAAAGAUCAAGGGCUCUACCCUACAUGUUAUCUACACGCAUUGCUGUCAUUGCUGGAGUGUAAGCUUCGGAUGAAGCAAGCAUGCCUCGUAAAAAGACGAGCAAUUGGUAAUUUGUCUGUUGAGCACGUGUUAGAUGGUCUGAAAAAAGAAGAAAUAAUGGAUGGAGCACAUCCAUUAUAUAGUAAGCGUGUUGAGACGUUUCUCAAAGACCACGGGGUAGCGUUUGAGAAGAACUACUGUAAGGGGAAAAAGGGGACUGCAAAUUGCUACAAGAUUAAAAGGUUUAUUAAGUUUGAAACUGGUUUGAAAAAAUCUAAAGUAAAAUUGGUUACCGCUGUGGGACCGAAAGUCAUGAGGCGUGACAGUACAUCUUCAAGAAGUUAUAUAGAGAAACUCAAGAAAGAGCUGAGAACAAACGGCCCAUUAAUUGUAUCUUUUAAAUUAAGAACUGGUUUUACCGAGUUGUCAAAGAAUAGUUUUCUAACAGCUGAAGCGCCCUAUACGCAAGUUCCGGUACCUAAAGAAGGAAAAGAUGAGGAUGUAUCUUACAAAAAUGAAUGGCAUGCUUGUGUACUUGUUGGGUUUCAGUUCAUAAACGGUGUUGACUGUUUUGAAAUAUUAAACAGUUGGGGUACUAGUUGGAGCGAUAAGGGCUAUGGUUUCAUUAUGGCGUCAGACGUGGAAAGAGCAUACUCGUGGGAGGCAUUAGAGAAACUGUCGUCAUGAUGCUUCCAAACACUCUUAUUUGCUGAAAACAACUGUAAGGGACCAAGAAAGAAGAUCCUACUUGCCUUAUCUCGUGCCAAGCGCCAACCAUAAGAGUCCAGCUGCUCUUGAAAAGAGACAUUCAUAGGUUUUUGUGUUCAUGCAAAUAUAGUGCUGAAAUGUGUCUUUCUCAAAUCAUAUCACCAGGUGGCAUUUUAGCUUUCUGUUGUGUUCAUUGGAUUGUUCAUGUUUUGUGCCUGAUCGAGUUCUUUCAAAACUUGUAGAAACUCAUCACAAAUCUUUGUACAUGCAAAAAGGCUUUGUCAACAUCUUUUAUCCUGUGUGUCAAUUGGUUACUGCAUUUUCAAAUCCAAUAUGAAUGCAGUUAGAUACAGUGUGUUUUAUAAUGACAUAUUACAACUAUGUGAGUUGGGUUUGUGAUA